CUAGGGGCAAAGAUGCGACGACGUGCCGGUGUUGGUGCGAUCCAGAAGCAGCGUCUCGAGGCCGAAAAGUACAAGGACAAGGGUACGGAGCUGCAGGACUCACAGUUCGAACAGAUGGUGAAGCAGAUGGAAGCGUUAAAGGAAAAUUUGGAAGAGUUUGCGUCCAAGCAUCGGAACGAGAUCAAGAAGAAUCCCCAAUUCCGGCGCCAGUUCCAGGAAAUGUGUGCCGCCAUCGGUGUGGAUCCGCUCGCAUCGGCCAAAGGGUUCUGGAGCGUGCUCGGUAUGGGUGAUUUCUUCUACGAGCUCAGCGUGCAGGUGGUGGAAGUUUGUCUGGCGCACAAUCACAUCACAGGUGGCCUAAUGGAUUUGGACGAGUUGCGAAACCGACUGGUGGCGGCUAGGGGCAAGAGCCAAAUCCAUCAAGAAAUCACCACCGAGGAUAUACUGAUGGCAACAAAAAAGUUGAAAAUAUUUGGCAACGGUUUCACCGUGUACUCGGUCGGCAAGAAUCGCUACAUGGUGCAGUCGAUCCCAGGCGAGCUGAGCCUGCAGGAAACGACGGUACUAAGCGUAGCCACCAAUCAAGGACAAGGUUUCGUCACCGUUGCAUCGCUAAUGAACGAUGUAGGAUGGACGCAAGCGAGAGCUGAACAGGCGGUGGAGAAAAUGCUCGGCGAAGGUAUGGCCUGGCUAGAUACUCAAGGCGAUGAAAAGUCCUACUGGUUUCCAAGUCUGUUCCCGGGCCGUUUAACGACGAAAAUUUGAUUUCAAUGCCAAAAAGUAACUAGUCAAAGGACGAAAUAUUUAUACGAUAUUUCAUACUCAACUAUGAA